GUCACAUGACUUGCAGAAAGACAAAGAUGGCGAUAGCGGAAGUGAUAACUGCUGGCAGCUGCCGAGGGGAGACCAAGCCGGUUGGGCUGUGAGGGAUUGUCACUGGGAGUGUCGGUACUUUGGUCAUACUAACCGCCCGACUUGCCCACUAAUUACUGCUGGAGGAGGUCUGAGGCUCCUGAGAGACAUUACUGUCUUUUACUCAGGCCCUACUGCUCCUUCUCUAGAGACAGACACGUCUUGUGUCAUUGACUUCAGCAGACCAAUAAGAUGACAUCACGGCGCAGUCAUGGGGACGUCACCCCGUUCCUCACCCAGGCUGAUAACACAGAGGAGGAAGGGGCCAGAGAUCAAGAGACCCAGUCGUCUGAUGAGGAAGAGGAGGAAAGGAAGGACCAUGGGAAAGAGACGCAUUUACUCACCGGCAUCUCCUACAAACGCUCUGUGGUCAUCGUCAUCAUCCUCUUCUAUAUCAACCUGCUGAACUACAUGGACCGCUUCACUGUGGCAGGGGUUCUGCCGGACAUUAAGAAAGCCUUCAACAUCUCAGACAGUAACUCAGGAUUGGUACAGACAGUGUUCAUCUGCAGCUACAUGUUCCUGGCCCCCGUGUUUGGCUACCUGGGGGAUCGCUACAAUAGGAAGCUGAUCAUGUGUGUGGGGAUCUCCUUCUGGUCAUUGGUCACUUUGCUCAGCUCCUUUGUCUCCAAUCAGUAUUUCUGGCUGUUCCUGAUUACGCGAGGACUUGUGGGUGUGGGGGAGGCCAGUUACUCGACAAUUGCCCCCACCAUCAUAGCAGAUCUGUUCCUUGCUGACCAGCGGACCCGCAUGUUGUCCUUCUUCUACUUUGCUACCCCUGUUGGUUGUGGCCUCGGCUACAUCGUGGGUUCAGAAAUGACCAGCGCUGCAGGAGACUGGCAUUGGGCACUACGGGUGACCCCAGGGCUUGGAUUACUGGCCAUGCUGUUACUAAUCUUUGUGGCGGAGGAGCCUCCCCGGGGGGCGCUGGAGAGGAAAACUGACAGACCCCUGACCAACACGUCCUGGUCCUCUGACAUGACGGCUCUGCUGAAGAACCCCAGCUUCAUCCUCUCCACCUUUGGCUUCACAACUGUGGCUUUUGUGACCGGAGCUUUGGCCCUGUGGGGCCCCACAUACUUAAUGAGAUCACGGAUGGUGAUAUACAAGUCAAAGCCCUGCGAGGGAGGGAUCUGUAACUAUGACGACAGUAUGAUUUUUGGGGGGAUCACUUGCAUCACUGGUAUCCUGGGGGUUCUGACUGGUGUGGAGAUCAGCAAGCGCUACCGUAAAACAAAUCCGCGGGCAGAUCCACUGGUGUGUGCUGUGGGAAUGAUCAGCUCCGCUCCUUUCCUCUUCCUCUCCUUGGCCUUCGCUGACACCAGCCUCGUCGCUACGUAUGUAUUCAUCUUCAUCGGCGAGACCCUUCUCUCUCUGAACUGGGCACUUGUAGCAGACAUCUUGCUGUACGUGGUGAUUCCCACGCGCCGCUCCACAGCAGAGGCCUUGCAGAUCGUUAUGUCCCAUUUGCUGGGAGAUGCCGGGAGUCCAUACCUCAUUGGGGUGAUAUCUGAUCAGAUCCAGAAGGGAAAACCGGCCUCGUUCCUGAUCCAGAUGCGCAGCCUGGAGUACGCGCUCAUGAUCUGUGCCUUUGUGGGGGUCAUCGGAGGGGGCUUCUUCCUCGCCACCGCUCUCUUCAUAGAGAAGGAUCGCAAGAAGGCAGAGUUGUUUUCCCAAGGCUUGCUGCCUGCUGAUGAAACAGACGCCGAGCGCAUUGUGGUCCCUAAACGAGGCCGAUCCACAAAAGUGCCUGUGUCCAGUGUUCUCAUCUGAGAGGGGCCCAAAAGCACCUGGUUGUGGGAGUAUAAAGGGAACAAGACAUGGACAAGUCACUGAGUAAGAGCUGCUGUUACAUGUCUGUCUAUAUACCCGGGCCUGGCUGCUACUUACCAUCUCCACUACAGCCGCCCUUUUUGCCUUGGGAGACGCGAGACUCUGCCCCCAAGGAUGUGACUGUAUUCUCUGUGCCCUACAGGGCGCUUUCUAUUAUAUUUAUUUUAGUUUUUAAUGGAAUUUUGAUUCAGGUCGGGCUGACACUUCUCGUGCAAAUAGACUUACAUAUUAAGUCCUUUUAAAUUACAAGGCAAGUGGUAUUGCAGCGCUGGGGUAUGUGACAUGCCCAAAAUAAUUCUUUCCUAUUCUGCUCUGUGUGGAAUGGGCCUGCUGGGACAUUGUCUUCACAUGAUUUGCAAAAACCGGUUCACAUUCUAUACAAGUUCCUCUUUGUAGUAUUGUACUUGCCCUUUAAAGGACAACUAAAGCUUAACUAAAGAAGUGGGUAGACAUAUUGUCUGUGCUUCUGUACCAGCCCAAGGCAACCACAGCCCUUUAGUCCUGGAUCAUUGCUGCUAUUGACAAGCUCAAACUUUAGCCUCGUGCAAUAAGUUCACUAUAUAAAAUAGGACAUUUUUAGCCACAUUCAUUCUUAGGGUUUAGUUUUCCUUUAUGUAGGACACGAUUGGGGACUCGUGCCUGUAAAGACUGCUCUCUCCUCCCUGAAUUUGGUUUAUGACUAGGGAAUGUUUUUUAAUGCCAAGGUGCCCAUCAUUUGCCCAAAUUCUGAUCCCCAUCCUCCAUAGAAAGAUUGUUGUUAAGGUUUCUAUUGAGCAGAUGGGACUGAUACUGAGACAAGGGCUGUUGUUACCAAAUUAUAAUCAGCCAUAAUGGUAUUGGUUUAUAACCUCUGCUUUGUUUUCUUUAACUCUCAAUGGAGAGUUAAGGAUGGAGGGGGGCUGGGAUAAUUCUGAAGUUACUGACAACUAAAUCCACUGUCCCAUGGCGCUGAAAUGGUUAAAUAAAUUAACUGGCAAUU